CAAAAAUACUACGAGCACUUGCUGAACGAAUGUUUCUGACAGACGCAUAAUUUGAAUAUUUGCGCCUCAAAAUGGACAGUAGAAGUUAUUCGGGAGGCUAUGGAGGCGUUAAAGGACUCGAGGAAGACAUUAUAAGUCUUCUAAGCCCGAUCGAACCGAUCGUUAUGCGAAUACAAAGCCUCUUGGUUUGGGAGUACCCUCACAGAAGUGCAGUCAUGUUCAUCUGCGUACAUCUCUUGUUUUGGUAUUUGGCAGCAACUUCCAUGAGUUCAUAUUUUCUUAUAUCAAGUGCAACUUUAAUUCUUUUCUUUGUGGAUACAUGGAAGAAGAAAAUCUGGCCUGAAAUAAGAGUUCCGCCGCCUGUGCCUGAUGAUAUAGAUGGCUGGACCCCUGUCCAUCCUCGUCUGCUAAAUGUGCUCGAGAUUUCCCAUCAUGCAGCUGAAGUUCUUCACAACAUUCUCAACACACUCCAUGAGUUACGCUUGUUUCGUAGGAACAACCCAAGAAUGACAUGUUGCAUGGGUGUACUGUUUUCGAUAGUGUGUAUGAUAAUUUGCCUCAUCCUAAUGGUGAUUGGUCGCUACAUCCCGGGAAUAAUGCUUUCGUAUAUCCUAGUGAUGAGUGGGAUGCUGUGGCCUUGCAUCGUCUACCACAACGUGUUGAAGAAGGCGUAUCUCAAACUGGAGCCAGCGUUCAUGUGGCUGGAAUAUAAUCUCAAAAUAAAGAUGUCAAGGUCACCCAAAGUGAAUGCCACUGUUGAGGAUGACUACGAUGAGUUCUGUCCACCGACGGACCCGACAACCACGGCGCUGCUGGCCCGCGCCAUCACAGACAGCGAAGAUGAGGGAGGGCCAUCAGCCAUACCUACACCCCAGCUGUCUAAAGAACCUUCCAUGGACAACAGUGACAAUGAAGAAGAAGACUUUGAGCCAGGUCUAGAACGCAUGCCUUCAUUCGAUGACCUUGAUCAAACUGACGAUGAAUUCAUGCCCAACAAUGGCCAGGACCGCAGCAUGCCCUUCAACCCUUCCCACUUCGGUGAUGACUCAGACUCCGACGAGGACAUCAACUUUCCGGACAUCUCUGAAGUUGACUCUUCCGUACUGGAACACACACCAACAUCGGAAGGCCUCCUCAGCGCUCCCUUCAGUGUGCUCGCCAGCUCUGUUGUCAGCCAAACCCUGUCUUCCAUGGUAGAGAACGCUCUCCACAGUGUGUCCAGAAGGGGAGAGGACUCCAGCACUUCCUCCUAUGGUCGUCUGCCUGGCACGGAUGCCCAGAUCACCUACACACGAACAGACAUUGGGGAGGCAAUGGAUGUGUUACCACAGGAUACAACGCUCGAGGAGGAAGAUGAGGAGGAAGAAGAUGAAGAUGAGGAAGAAGAAUUUGGAAGACAGAUUGAAGCAGACAUUGAAAAAGAAUUUGAUUUUUUGGACGAUUUUGAACCAGGGAAUAAGCCCAAGAAAUGAGGCUACUCAGGGGGUUGUGAGUUUGUAUUGGUUUCGUUUUGAUACUAAAAGCUUGAUGAGAAUUUAUAGGUUAUAUUUUUGUAUCUAAACAGUGAAGACAUUUUUUCUAAGUGUUCAUGUGGUUAUGAUACGGAUUCUGCUUUCCUUGGGAGUUGUUAUGUGAUUAAUGACAAGAAAUGGGGUUUGACAACUAUAUGACAGCUGUGUGAUGUUCUGUAGGCGUGUGGUCAUCUGAAUCUGGAAGAAUCAUUGGUUUUGAGGUUUUGAAAUAGUUUCUUUUAGGAUUUUCACAAAUUAUUUAUUUCGUUACUAAAAGAACUAGACUGUUUCAUUGCAUGCUUCAUCAUGUUCAUGUCAGCAGAUGUUGUCAUACUUUGCCGUAUGUUUUUGGAAAGGUUACCAUGGCAAUAGCUGAUGACAGUGACCAUUUCUGGCAGAGUUAUCCUGAUGUUUGGAUCAUGAUUCCAACAGGAUAUUACACUACAAUCUAAUAAAGAUGAUCAAUGAGAAACUGCAUUUAAACCAUAUACUUAUGUGUAAAUCUAAUUCAUAAAUAUAAUAAUUAUUAUUCACCAAUCAUGGUGACUAUAGCAACAUGUCACAUAUAUCUACCAUGAACUCUAGCACAGUCAGUAUUUGAAAUCACCUGGUCAGGCAAUAGAAAAUCUAGAUAAUCUUCUUUUAAUAUUUAUGGUGACUGUAUACAAAUUUAGUAAUAUGGACAGAAAUUCAGGAACCCAUGACCUAUGAUAGUUUUAGUUUGUGAAAAAAAUCUGAUUAUGACUGUACAACUGAGUAAUUCUAUAUAUACUAGGAGGAUCUGCAUUUUUUUAUUUGGCUGAAUUAUGCCAUGAGUUUCCCGUUGAUAUCAUCAAGAUAUUUAUUUGAAUAACAAGUUCUGUCCAAAUUAUGAUGAUGAAUGUGUAGAUGCUGUUAUUGAUACUAAGUUAUCAACAUGGUUUUGUUACUCCAAGUUGGAUUUGACGUGUAGCCUCUUUACAUGACGUAUUAGAUCUCAAGGUCGCUCAUAUGGCUACCACUGGUGCAUUCUGGGAUGUGAAUAAGUUAAUGUUGGUUUGACACCCUCAUCAAGGAUGAUGAUGCUGUAAACAGAGUUUCCUCGGUAUCUGAUUUUUCAAAGUUUUGUUUUCUUUGUAAAAAAUGUUCGAUAACAAUGCCAAGUCAGGGCCCACAUUGUCAUCAACUGCAGUUCAGACCACAGAUGACAUGAUUCAGUGAAAGCUAAUACCAAGAGAUUUUGUAUCAGGUUUCACACCCUAACUGUUCAUAAGAAACCUGAAAAUAAUGGUCUCAAAAUUUGGGUUGGUUCAUCCUUCCAUGGAAUAACUGAAUGUUUUACUAAAACAUUAUUCCGCCUCUAACAAAGACUUCCUCCCCUUGUCAACUCAUAUUUCAGUGGUUCAGUUUAAACAUUACUCAACCUGCCACCUAGAACCUUAGCUUUCCUCCGAUCUUAAGAGGGCGGUGGCAUUACCUAGUGGUGAAAGCGUUCGCUCGCUCGCACGAAGACCUGAGUUCGAUUCCCCACAUGGGUACAAUGUGUGAAGCCCAUUUCUGGUGUCCCCCGCCGUAAUAUUGCUGGAAUAUUAGAAAAAGCAGCACAAAACUAAACUCACUCACUCACUCCUAUUUUAAGUUGACAUGCCAUGAUAAACCUGAGUAAUGUCCAAAGAAAACUGCUUUCUGGGUCCCCAACUGUUGGUUGGAUCAUCUGUCGUCAUCCUUGAUGGUAAUAAAAUCCAUAUCAGAUCAUUUCAAAGUGCUAUGUAUAUUUCCUACAUGUAUAUAGGAGUUCAUUCAUGAUGUAUGUAUACAUUUCCUCUAAUCUAUGACUAACAUUAUCAAGUUACAUGUAUAUUCAUUUCUUAAUUAUUCAUUUUAAAGGCACAGUGUCACACAUUUUGACAAUAUUUUGGCCUAUAGUUUAUAUGUCUGGGCAUAUGCACUCACUUUAGCACUCAACUGUCACACGCGGUGUUUACCGAAUUGGUUUCCAUCACAAGAUGUGCAUAGGAUAUUCUUAAGGAGAGCUCCACGGGACAUUUCCGGGGUUCAACGUGGCUUACUUGAAAUAAUGUUUGGGGUUCAACGGGGCUCACUUGAAAUAAUGUCUGGCCGGUAGAGGGUGCAAGAGUCAAUUUAAUGCAACAUUGCAUUUAUUCAUUCGAACUUUUUAAUUUAAUAUUGUAAUCUAAAUACAUUUUUCUUUGAAUAAAUUAUAUGGUAGCUUCGCUGGGGGCUGAUAGUUAGUAUUAUUGAGAGAAAUGCAUUAUGUAUUUUUAGAGAAGUGUGGUGUGGCCAGGGUUGGGUACAGCUUUGUGAGAAAGGGGACUGGGGUGGGGGUUUGAAUCCCCCACUCCCGAUCCGCCUAUGGUUGUGACAUUGUGCCUUUAAGCAUAUAAUUACAUGUAAUAAGUAAUUAGUAUUUGCAAUUUGUGUUUUCCUUGUAGUGAUUGAGGUUUGGUCAUUUAACGGGAUAUCUUCAGUUUGAAAUGUUUAGUUGAAUGUAAAUAUAUGAAACUGUACUCAAAGCUGUGUGUUCGGUAGUGUAAUUCAGGAUUCUUAUUGUUUUUGUUAAUUUUGUUGAUCACAUUUCAUUUCUGCACGUUUUUAAAUCAAGUUCUUAUUGUGUUGUUAUAUGUAACAAAAUAUUGAGUUAACAUUUAGAGAAAAGAUGAUUUAUUUAACAAAGUAUGUCAACAUGGAAGAGUGUUAGCAUAAAUUAUCUAAAACUUUAGUAUACAUCACCUGUAGCCAUCAUUGUAAGAGGUGACCGAAGUGGAAUCGGAUGGCACACUCCAUAACACAAUCUUAGUACUACAACGAUUGUAAUAUUUGUACUCAUAAUGGACUCAAACCAUUAGGUUAAUAUCCCUUUUGAACUGUGGCCCUUGCUUUGGUUCCACAUUCCCAUCUUAUCUUAAUGACUGUCACAAGUUAAUGUUGAAAGUAUGGAAACAUCUUAGUGGAAUGACCAGUUUGUGGAAUGUGACCUUCAUGGUUUUUAUGCCGUUGGGUGAAUAACAGUCACUCGCUCUCCAGAUUAUGCACUUAUGUCACUUAUGAUCGUACAUACAAAUUGCAGGGCUGUUAACCAAUACGCAAGCCGUCCACAGAAGUACCAAAACUGUAAGUUUGGUACCACAAGGCAUUAGACAAGAAAAUGUGAUUGCUCUCCAAGUUGUGUAUUCAUGGGUUGUAUAUCUCAAAGAAUCUAAUUGGAUGACAUUAUUUUUUAUGGUACGAAGUUUCUUGGGUUAGUUUUGAAGGUAAAAUGCAAAGUUGAAGCUGUUUAUAAUGGAAGAUAGUUACUGUCCAUGGGCUAACAAACAUUUGCUAGGGACAGAGAACAAUUUGUCCUUUGUAGAUGAUUUGCAUACAGUAGAAUGUCUCAAAAUGUUUGAUGUUUCUGAUUUAAAACAAAAAAAUCCAGUUUUAAAGAAAUUAAAGACAAUGUGGCAUAAGUUGUCAAUAUCCUCAAGAAAAUAAACAAGCAAUUGGAACAUCACACACCCCAAUCUUUGUUUAGCAGCCAUGAUGGUUGGUUGGUAACUAUUCAUUUCAGUCUUUGUUUAGAUUUUCAAAUCAAGCCAAUAGAUCAGGGAUAACAAAUGGAUACAUAUUCAUAUCUAUAUUUUAUAUAUUUUUCUUCAAGAUAUGGCUGAACUAUUGCCCUUGUGACAUAUCACUAUUAUAUUUUUCUGUUGGAUUAUUUUGGGUGUGGUCAAACUAAGAAAUUUAAGAAAUAAGUGCAAAGGCAUCAAUUUGUACCUUAUGACAAAAAUAGACAUCAAACUAUCAUGACUGAAUAAUUCCAGUACUUCUUUUAUUUCUUAAUUUUACUGAGACAUGUUGGAAUUUUUCAUUUCAAAUAAAUUUGAGACAUACUGACAUAUAUUGAAGAUCACCUCAUUAUAGAAAUAUUAGGACAUCAGGCAGAAACAUUAAAACAUGGAAAAAUAACACUGUAUGUUAAGAUAUUUGUUUUGUAAAAUGUAGAUAUUUCAUCCCUGUGAAGAGUUUUAAUGCACAGUUUGCACUUCACUGUAGAAAAGAUUCGAGUCACAUUUUUAAUUUUUCUCGUCAAAAUUGGUAGAUAUUUUACUUUUUCGUUUGAUUUGUAGAAAUGUUUGGAAUAUAUUGUUAUAUCAGCACAGUAAGCUUUCACCAGGUAUGUAUUUGUAGAAUAUUUUGUCUCGGCAGCUUUUGCAAUACUAGUCAAGUGCUUGUAUUAUUAAUGAAUUCAUGAUGCACGGUUAUAGGUCACAUUUGUUGCCGAGAAACAUGAAUUAGAGACUUUGAUUGGUUAAAAGACACCACAUUAUCUAGAUAUAUUCUGAUAAGAAUUCACAGUGCAUUAAUUUGUACAUAUCAUUGUAGUAUUUCACUACAUCACCUUAGUGCUUUGAAUUUACAGGUUUUUACUGUAAAACUCCGUUCAGAUCUUCCAUCAGACUUUAUCUGAUUAUUUCAAGUGAAGAUCUGUCAACAUAAGUGCUUAUAGUGACGUGCUCAUUUAUGCUUAUCUAUUUAUUCCAAGAUACACAUGCAUUAAUUAACUUAUUGUUGAUUAUAUGUAUCAGGUAUACAAUAAAUAACUAAGAUGUUACUGGUUUUAACAAAAGGGUCUUCAUCCUAAGAAGCGUUGAGGGUAUGACCAGGAUCUGCUGAUAUUUGGAAUGAAUCCCAGAUUGUUAAGGAUCCUUGGUCUGUCAGCUCCAGAUCCAUGUGUAGGUUUUUGUCAAAAUUGUUAAUUUAUUUUCCAAAACUUGCAUCCACAAAAGACAUCACUUAGUGAGAGAUAUGCUGCAAAGAUUUGUAUCCCAGUGCUUGGCAGCCCAUUGUGACAUCAUCAGUUACUAUGAUGUCACAAUCAAAUGACAUCAGUAAUCUCUGUAACACAUAAUCUGUACUAUGUACACUCAAGGAAAAGAAUACUAAUGUUUAUAUACAAAAACUUGAAGCCUGAUUUUUGGAUGAUAAAUAGACCCUCACAUUGUGACUUCCAAGUUGAAAUAUUUCACGACACCUUGAUAAAAUAGAAAGUGUCCUGGGGAAACCUCCGACAAUUAAGUUUUAUCAACUUGCCUUGAUAUAUUUUACCUCAGAAGAUGGGUAAGAUUCUCUAUGUCUGCAAUCUAUGUCCUUUGGGCUGUCAUUCAAUAUCUAACUGGCUUACCUGUAAAAUAAAAAUACUCAUUCUAUUUGGACCCAUCACUGGAAACAAAUAUUCUUUUUAUUUAAAAUACUGUCUUUACCCCUGGAUAAGAUGUAACUUUCUAACUGAACGAUACACCAUGAUCAUAUGCCAACCUUUCGCUACCCAUGCUAUCCAUUCACUUCAAGCAAAGUAAAUGCAAACAGGUGACUUUGUUACCAUGACUGUAUUUAUUGUUAAUAAUUAAAGAGUUAAAUCUGUUCAGUAGUCUGGCCUGUUACCAUGGCUACAUGUUUAAACUAGUAUCUACAACGCAGCACAUAGCAAAGUGUUAGUGUGAUGAAAUAAAUCCAGCUGAAGUGCUUUAAUGUAUAUUUAAAACAAGGGAGUUAAAUAAAACAAGUAAAUUAAAAUUUAAAUUAAUGUAGGGACUAUAGUUAGUUUCUAGAAUCAUGAGGGAUUCUAUGCUAAUUGUAAACUGCCUUAUUCCAUGCCCCUAAAUAUAUUGCUCAGUUUUUUUCUAUGCAGUUUCAAAUGCUUUACCAAAGUGUCAAAGUUCAGGAUUUACUAAUUUACCCUGUAUGCCAAAAUGCCAUCACUAGUAACGUAUAGUUUCAGAAUUUAAUUUUAAGCACAUUCUUCAGAUUCUGUUCAUGAAAAAUGGUUAGUUUUUGGUAGCUUAGAGAGAUGGUCUAACAAACUGACAGUGGAUGCGUAAGACCUUCAUAUCAAUUUAACAUUAGAAAUUUCGAUGCAAAGUUGUUUAUAUACAAAUUAUAAAUAUUGUGAUGACAUCCACAUUUUUUAACAUUUAAACUAUUUUAGGGUCAUCAAUUUGUUCAGGAAAAUUCAAGGGUAUCUUCUUGCUUUGUUGAAGCUGGUGAUAAUAUUCAAAAUAUUUCUUCAUAAUCAUGCUUUCUGACUCAUGUGGUUUCUUUCAAGUUCAACAUCAGGUAGAUUUGGAGAAAUAUUGAAUGAAGUAUGACAAAGGUUUUAUUCAAUUAGUAGUCGAUUAUCCUCAAUGCCAAAGAGGCCGAAGAUGCCAACCCUUUGCCUGCUUUGAGAAUGAUCUUGGAGCUUUACGAUGUCAAUACGGCAGUACUGUACAUAGUAAUAUUUCUGUUACAUAAUUAAAUUGUUGUCUUUUUUUAUCUAUUGUCCCUCUUUUUUGAAACACAAACAUGUCAAAACUUUGUCUUAUGAUCUGAAUACGAUGAAAUGAUUGUAAAUUGUAAUAUAAAUUAGUUUUGUCAAACAGUAGAUUUCUUUUAAUAUUUUUCAGGCAUCGUAGAAAUGUCAUGUAAUUGUGAAAGAAUUUAUGUAAUAUCCAGAAUGUUUUGUCCAAUACUAGAAUACUUUUUAUUAUUUUCUUUCUUUUGGAAACAAAAGCUUAACAGAAAAUUGUGUUAUAAUUUGAAAGGAUAAGUGUAAUGUCACAAUGUGUAUAUAAUUAUGUAUAAAUGUUUGAUAAUGGAAACGGAAUUAUUCAAGUUAUAAAAUAUCUGUGAUUGAGAUAUUCUCAGCGAUAAGUGAUAUAGCAGGCCACCUGCUCGUGUACCUGAAUAUACAGUGUUAUUAUUAACAUGACUAAGAAUGACAUCAUUCCAUGGCUAGUUUAUCAUUCUUCAAGUUUUGUCAGCCUCAGUUUGCUACACAAGAAAUAAAUCUAUCUUGUCCUUGUUCUGUAAAUAAACGUUUUGUUGUAUACAUUUCCACAUGUUCAGCAAUGUCAUAUUUUCUAUGUUGUUAAGAUGUGAAACUUUCGCUGUCAUUGUUGCAAUGGUCAAUAUUUUCCUGUUUUCAGUUUAUACGAUUUACAGAUACAAAUUACAGCUACUGUCAUUAAUAAUGACAAAUGGAAAGAUGUGGUGUUAGUUCUGACAAAUUAGGUCACAUCUAUUUUUCUAAAGAAAUAAAUGUGUGCCAGAAGGGGUAUUAUGCGACUCUAUGACUGAAAUUAACUAAUCUUGUCAAACUGAGAUUGUCUACAACCCUUGCCUUUUCAAGAUCAUUUACCAUGACUUGAUCGUGAUGCAGCCACAUGUAAGGACGUGAGUUGUGUCCCUUGUGAUGAAAACAUUAUAUCCAAUCAGAUUGCUGUUUUUAUUUCAAAUAGAACAUGGAGUUGGGGUCGUGUGAAAAUAGUGUUGCUUCUCAGUCACUGACAGCUCAGUUGUUUGAAAUACAAUACAGUGAUGAUUCUACUCAAAUAUGUAAAAGUACUUGAGCAAGUCAAUUGAACUCUUAGAACAACUCUGAAAAUGUUGUCUUUCCUUAAUUGUUAGAAUAAUAUAUAAAAAUAAUAUUUUCAGAAUAUGGAUGCUGAUUGUGUAAAAUCUCAUCUGAUCGAUGUGUGUUAAUCCUGUUUUUGAAAAGUCAGCUUGAAAGGCAUGAGUGAAAACUUGAUUUUAUUAAUAGGCUAGUGGACAUGUUUGCCUCGGUAAUAUACAUGUAACUAUGGUAACCAGUUUCUAACCCAUGCAACAUCAGUUUGAUAAAAGAAUUGGGAGUAUAACUGUAUUUGAAGUGCACAUAUUUCAUCAUUCAUUUGGUUGUAUGACUAGUUUUGUACAUACACUUGACUAAAAAAACACUUGUCAACAAUGUCACAGAGUGGAAGCUAACAUCAGAAGAAAGAAACAUGUUUUCUGAUACCUUGGUAAAACACAGUUGAUUUUUAAAUAGGCUUUCAUAAACUGAUGAUAUUUGUGAUUAUUGUUUUAUCAACAACAAACCUGAAUUCAAGUGCAGUUGAGGGGAUUGCUUGUUUUGAUAAGCGAUUUCGAUUCAUGCCAGCUGUUAGACACUUAGGCCCCUAUAUUCUCUGAGGCACUGGCAGCCUUGAUCUGUUGGUUGAUACAAUUAGAAGUACAUGCCCUGUAUGUUGGCUUCAAUCCCCAUUCAUCUUGAUUCUGAUCCUUGUUUUGCAGUGCCAAAGGUUGCCUCCGUGUCAUAUACAAACACGACCUUUGUCAACAGGUAUUCCUCCCAGAAGCUCACACAUUGACAAAAGUACACUUCAUUAAAUAGUUUCAGAUUAAGUAUUAAAGGCUGUUCUACUGCUUCAACCUCACUGUCAUGCAUGGCGCCUUUGCCAGUUUGAGAUCUGCAUUAAUAUACUGAAGGAAUAAAAUAAGGUGCCACAGGCAAUGUUGCUGGAUG